UAUGAGUUCAUAUCCUAAAAUCUACCAAAUUCAUCCUGAAAUUAAAAUUUUAAAGUUGAAAUUAAUACAAUAACAAGUCCCGAGUCAAGAAAAUAAUAUUUUAGUGUCUUCUCGAGAUUGCAGUUGACAAAUCCAAUUUCAUUUCUAAACCGAUUAAAAUGCUCUGUAUUGAUCUCUGUAUUGCAACCGGAACAGCAGAACUCCGUCGCUUCUGCACCACCAGCCAUGGCCGGAACAAACCCAUCCGGCACCGUCCAAGAUGUAGCUUCCAAAGGAGAAGUCCCGGAAAGAUACAUCCAUAUUGAAAGCGAUCGAGGAGCUCUAGAUGCUCCUUUAAUGGCAGCUCCUGUAAUCGAUAUGGCUCUCCUCUCCUCUCCAUCCAAAUCCGGACCAGAACUGGAGAAACUCCGUCAUGGACUUCAGUCAUGGGGCUGCUUUCAGGUUGUAAAUCAUGGAAUGUCAGCGGAGUUUUUGGAUGAAGUUCGUCGAUUAGCGAAACAGUUCUUUGAUCUUCCAAUGGAAGAGAAAUCGAAAUACUCGAGGGAAGAAAAUGAGAUUGAAGGAUAUGGAAACGACAUGAUUCUAUCAAAUCAACAAAUUCUCGAUUGGACUGAUCGAUUAUACCUUACUGUAUAUCCAAAAGAAAGCCAUCGAUUCAAGUACUGGCCAACAAAUCCUGAAAGAUUCAGGUACUUUUCUCAAACCUUCACGAUUUUUCGAAGAAUCUGCAGAAACGAGUUGAUUCGUGAUGAACAUUGCAGGGAAGUUCUUCACGAGUACACUGCAAAUGUGAAGCUGUUAAGCGAGAAAAUCCUUAAAGCUAUGGCGAUUUCAUUGGAUUUAAACGAAGAUAGCUUCAUCAAACAGUACGGUGAGGAAGUUAAACUGGACGCACGGUUCAAUUUCUACCCUCGAUGUCGAAAUCCGGAUCUUGUUCUUGGCGUGAAACCGCAUGCGGAUGGAUCGGCCAUCACGAUUUUGUUGCAGGAUGAGGAAGUAGAAGGUCUUCAGUUCUUGAACGGCAAUGAGUGGUUCAACGCCCCGAUCGUUCCUGGCGCUCUUCUCGUCAAUGUUGGGGAUCAAGCAGAGAUCACGAGUAAUGGGAUAUUCAAGAGUCCAGUUCAUAGAGUGUUGACGAACUCAGAGAGGGAGAGGAUAUCGUUGGCAGUGUUUUACCUUCCGGAUUCGGAGAAAGAAAUUGAACCAUUGGAGAAGCUCAUCGAUGAAACUCGGCCAAGGUUGUACAAGUCUGUGAAGAACUUCGUUGGCCUUUACUUUCAGUACUACCAGCAGGGCCAGAGGCCCAUGGAGGCCGCACGAAUCUAAGUUUGGUAUCAAUCUUAAUCAAUGGAAUCAUAAUUUAUUUUGUUUGUUUAUGUUUUUCUUCCAAUUUGUUCUAUGAGGUUCUUGUUUGGACGAGUUUUGUAUGGACUUAUAUCUACGCUAUUCUUAGGAAUAA